CCACAACUCACCCACGCCUUAACCAACCCUAUAGGGGAGGCCAAAAGCGAUCCGAUAUCAUUCGUCUUGCAGAGCAUAGACUAAACAAAUGCUUGCUGGAAUUGCUUUAAAUCCUGGUUGCGGGUGGUUUUGGAUACCAUGACCUGCCCCAAGGAUGCUGAACCCGAUGUUGAGAUUUUAGUCCACAUAUCCGCUCCCAGCCUGGCGGUUGACGAUGCACAUUAUCGUGAACUAGCUAGCGCGUAUCUCAACUUUGAGGAGGCAAGAAUCACUCGUCUGGACUACAGCCCGCCGGCCGUUGUGACACCGCCCCGAGUACACGUCUUUGCGACGCUCGAGUCUCCGCCUCUCUCCUUUGAAGACGUUUUAGACAAUGUCGGAUCUCCGGUCGUGAACCCGGGGCAGGGAAAAUAUGAUUGCGGCAGAGAGAAGCACAGCCAGAUGACUACCACUGAAUCACAAGAGUCAUGGGAGGCACCGCCAAGCACUGUGGGAGAUUCUCAGCCCUACAACGACAUCAGCUUUGAGCGCUUCUGUGACCCGGAUCGCUUUAUUGAAUACGAGCUUGAGAAGCUGGACCAUGACACGUCUGUUGCUGUAGCCGAUCCUUCGCCGGCUUUGAGUUCUGGUUCAAAAAUGCGGACGCAAUCGCUUAGCGCAUCUUUGUCUCCUACCAAAACUUCAUCAAGACAAACCACGUCUGCACAAGGCCGCAUAAUUGUCGGCCCAAGUCCUCGGAGGCGGGGGCCCUCUAUCGAGGUGCGUUCUUCUUCUUUACCAACUGCACCUCGCAGAAGCCAAAGACUAGCCCCUUCUUCACAGCUCAGCGCAGCAGCAAGUACUUCACGGGUCGUGUCGAUUUCGCCAGACAUCACAUCAUCUCCACCGAUUCCGGGGAGGUUUCUGAGGCCUGCCACACAACGCAGUGCAGAUGUGCAGUCAAGUCACUUGCCCAGAGGAGACAUCAUAGAGGUACCCUCAUCGCCGCCGACAGCAUAUCCACGGUACGCCAAGGAUUUGGAUGUUAGCUUUGGUUCAGUCAUCACCUGUUCCGACCGAGCAGAAUCCGAGCCUCCCCCCGGCAAAAGAACAAAGAGGACGCCACGAAACAACUCUCCGGAAGUGGGAAGGAGCGUCAGCGACUUUGGGCAGCGGUUGGAAAACCACAAGGCUACAGAUGAAUUACCACAUGGCCAUCUGUUCGACGCCCAUGAGGUGUUUGGCCCCGAGCCGCCCGUCUCCAUCCGUCACAUUACGCCGGAUGACUUGCUCACCUCCCAGAUGCGGAAGCUGCAAACUGACCUGGGCAAGGCCAAGCGGUACUCUGCCCGGUUGCAGCUCCUGCAGGACCAAAGGCCGGACCCAUUCGAGCGCGGCUGGUGGAUCCUGGACUGUAAUGAGCUGGGAGAUCGCCGGCUGGCUGCGUGGGAGUACCUGGCCAGAUACGUCCACGCCGGCAAUGCAGGAUGGGGCGUCUCGCUCAUGAGGGAGUCGGCGGCAACCCGCAGGAUAAAGCUGUUUUGCUACGGGCACGUGGCAGGCCACAUGUACCUGCUGCUCUACAUGGCCAGCGAGAGGAGGAUAUACGACCUCGACUGUACCUGGACUUCUGCGCGUAGGGGCGGUCUGCUAUUCGUUCCGGCGAUAAAGGGUAGAUGAGGGUGUGUGUGGACGUGUUGAGUUUGCUUGGGGUUCUGAGUUGGAAUAUGACCUUUUGCUUUGGCAUGCCUAUGCGGUUUUGUGAAUUAUUUGAAUUUCUUCUACUUAUUAUCUCUUCAGGAUAGAGGCGCAUAUCGGUGGUGGCUUUUGCUUGGAAACCAUGGGUUGGGAAACAGGCUUUUUGUGAAUUUUAGAAAAAAAUACCCUCCUUUUUUCUAUUUCUUAGUAUGGUCUGAAGUAAGAUGCUCUUCCUACUUACGAGAGAGCAGAUCGCUUCGCUUCUGAUGACUGUAUACCUAUAGUUAUAAUCUUCAAUGCACAGAUAUCUC